AUGGCAUUGAACCUACCCACAAGCGCAACCGCUGCCCUCCCCCCGGCUCAAGAUACAGGAACAUCACCGGACAGAGACAACAAAAAGAGGAAGAGAGCACGUAAGGCUUGUCUCUGCUGCCGGGCGAGGAAAGUGAGAUGCGAUGUAACUCAAAAUGGAAGUCCCUGCAUGAACUGUUUUCUAGAUGGCGAGCAGUGUGUCGUAACUGAGAGACUCGCUAAAUAUCGAUCUGCCCAGAACAACUGGAAAGAAGCCACGGCGACGGCUGAUGCAGGCUACGAUAUCUCAAUGAUGCCUGGUAGCGAAGUUCAAACCUCGCAAGCCGUGGUGAUAUCAGGAAUGGAGAAGGUCCCCGUGAACGAAAUGCUCGAUAUUCACCAGCCUCCCCUUCCAGCCGCCCUAGACGUCCAUAGUAUAGCGGGUGGCGAUCAUGAGAGCUGGCUAGAUCCUUGUGAAUCCCAUGCACUGUAUUCGCUAGAACAACUGCAGGAUGGAAGGUCGGCCGUGCAGAACAAGGGUUUGACCGACCAAUUGCGGUUCGAUGCAACCGUUAUAUACUCACACUUCUCCUUUCUAACAAUGAACAAAUUGUCAACAAUAUCCUCCCAGGAUGUCAACUUCCUAGACGCACAAGGAUGCUUACGUGUACCUGCAAAAGCCCUUAGCGAUGACUUCCUCUCCGCAUACUGCCUGCAUGUCCACCCACUUAUGCCCUUGUUAAACGAGGGGGACAUCUGGGCUACCUACUUACAAGACCAGGGAGACAGUCAAGGUUGCCUAUCGCUGUUGGUUUUCCAGGCAAUACUGUUCGCCUCGUGCAACUUUGUUUCCUUGACUACCAUACAUGCACUUGGAUAUAGCAGCGCUCGGGAGGCGAGAGCAUCUUUCUACAGGCGUGCUAAGCUGCUGCAUGAUUUCGAGGCAGAAGCCUCUCCAUUGGCACUGGCCCAGGCCUCUCUACUUCUCUCCUAUUGGUCCCCCAAAUCAACCAAAAGGCCAAGCACGUCUUGGCUAAGUCUUGCCAUCCAGCACGCGAGGAAUGCAGAAGCGCAUCGUUAUGCUACGCGUUCUGAUCCUGCGCCAGCAGCUGGCUCACCAGCAGACCGCAAACUCAACAGCUUGAAGCGCAUAUGGUGGUGCUGCAUUGUCCGAGAUCGUCUUUUGGGUCUCAUAACACGCCGACCGAUCCAGGUUGCGCGAUCGCAUUUCAACAUCGACAAAUACCCUGCGCUGAGCCACUUUGAUCUCAUCGACGAGGUGGGCAGAUCCCGGGUAUAUACGCCGGAUACCAAGCGAGAGUUGAUCGACAUAAUGGUUCACCUAGUUAGAUUCUGUAUCAUAUUAACCGACGUGCUGACGCUGGCGUUCCCUCUCAACGAUACACGCGACUCGGGUUACUCCUCCACUUCGUCCAACGAGAAGCGUCUGUAUAAUAGCCAAGAGUGCCUCAAGAGGUGGUAUGGUGUAGUAAUGCCUCGUCUUCAACAGCAUAACGACAACCCUAGACACAACUCAGUUAGUCUUUAUUCGCACCUCAUGAAGAUCUAUUACUAUUCCGCCGAGAUGGCUCUAUGCCAUUGUGAGAUUCAUUCCCUCACAUCCUACCCAUCUCGCCUAGAAAGGGACAUCAUGGGGCCAGGAAUGCAGUCAACCCUUCGUCAAAUCCAGCGCGCCCUUCAAGAAUCGACGUCUGGCAUUAUAGAAUGCCUGAAGGAGCUCGUGUAUCGAGAACUCGCGCAUUGGCUGCCAAUAUCGGCUGUUGGAUGCACUGCCUUGCCGCUAGUGCUUCAAAUACUCGAUGUGGCAUUAGCUCCUCCAGAGUGCAACUCUAGAAUAGACGGCAGCAUGGUUUCGGCCCGUAAGGAGCAUCGAUUGAAUAUACUCCUCCAGGCAAUGAAGUCGUUCAAGCUGCAUUACGAUGAGGCGGACUGGGUAAAGGAGAUUGUUCGUCAUGCUGUCAAACUUGCACCAGUGGGCAAAAUGGGCCAGUGGCUUCCAACAUCCAUGAAACCGUUCGAGAAUUGGACCAGCAUGUUGGUAUCAGAGCCCAGGUCAUACUUACGACUCGUCCUAGCCAUCGAUCUUAGUCUAAGCAAAGGUAGACUGUCCCAAGAAAGCGACUUCCCAACCCGCCUAAGAGGGGAAUCUCUCGCAGUGCACUCAAGCCCUGUUCGAAAGGCCAUUAGCGUAAAAGCCCCCACGGGUAUCAGAGACGGGGAAGCCGCAGAUCCAGAGGCUAUUAUGUCGCCACAAGUUGGAGGCCCCCAAUAUUUCAUGACCGAGGCCCCCGACUAUGAGAGAUUGGUGGAUGCUGACAGUAUAACCAGCAGAGCAUACAAGCACCCGGCCGAGCAACCCAUAACAGCAGCUCUUGCAGCCUCCUCUUCGCUACCCUCCCCGGGAUAUUACAGUAUUGGAGAUGCUGGCACGGAUAGAAUAUUUCAAUUAGAAGAUGUUAACGAUACCUCGGCUACGUCAUCCUGGACUGAGGAGUCCUGGCGCGAUAUAAGCGAUAAGGAGGAAAGAAGUGACAGAGACACGGCAAUCGCUCUACUGGAGGCACUGGAAGAAUAUGGCUCAGCUGAAGCCCCGAACCCUGUAUAUAAAUAG